AUGGGAAACGGUGCUAAAGCUCAACAAGCGAGAGAUCGAAAAGGUGCUAAGCCACUUGGAAAAGGAGAGGCCUCUCAACUGAAAUCCAACGCUGCGGCUUUAUCAAUCCAAUGUGAUACAUGUAAAGCAACGUUCCAGCAAACCUCAAAACAACCAAUGCUUCAGACUCACGUUGAUUCAAAACAUCCUAAAUCAGACUUCAAAACCUGUUUCCCUAAAUUCGCUACUGCUUAG